AUGUUUUAUGCACAUUUUGUAUUGGCCAAAAAGGGCCCGUUGGCCAGGAUUUGGUUGGCGGCUCAUUGGGACAAAAAAUUAACUAAAGCACAUGUUUUUGAAACAAAUAUUGAAAAAUCCGUCGAUGGAAUUUUGCAGCCAAAAGUUAAAAUGGCUUUGAGAACAUCAGGACAUCUUCUGCUGGGAGUAGUAAGAAUCUACUCCCGCAAAGCCAAGUACUUGUUGGCAGAUUGUAAUGAGGCAUUUGUUAAAAUAAAAAUGGCCUUUAGACCAGGUAUGGUCGAUUUACCAGAAGAACACCGAGAGGCUGCAGUGACAGCUAUUACAUUGCCAGAAGUGUUCCACGACUUUGAUACGGCGAUGCCGGAGCUGAAGGACGUUGACAUUGAAGCGCAGUUCAGUUUGAACCAGUCCCGCGUUGAAGAAAUUACGAUGCGAGAAGACUACGGCAACUUGUCCCUGGUAACGCACGACCAGGGCUUUGGAGACAUGAGUUUCGACGCGGAUCCCCCAGAACUUCUGAGACACGGCUCGACGAUGGAAGCUCAGUUGGACCAGAGUCAUAUGUUGUUCAGCGACGGACCCAGUAUCGAGGCAGCGCUUGAACCCAAAGAAAAAGAACCCAUUGCCGGUACUUCCACGGCACAGCCGAUGGAUAUUGAUACUCCUAUUCGGGAUGAUGGGUUCGGAGGCCAUUUGGGCCAGGAUAUCAUUUCAGGAGGACUGUUUGAAGGCGGCUUGUUUGAUGAAGCGCCCAUGGGGGAAGUUCCAGUGCCUGAAGUUAGUAAUAUGACUGAUCAGCAAGACUCCGUGGCUGCUGUACCGGGUGCUCCUUCGGUACACGAUGACUCUGAUGACAUGGGUGAUCAUUUUGGUGGUGCUCCCUCGCCUAUGGGUGGAAUGAGUUCCGAUGGAUCGCGUCCUACGACUCCUGUUACUCAGGUUGAUGGAAUCGCAGGCAGGGCAAGUGUUGCUAGUCGACGAUUUACACCUGUACCUCCAACGAUUCCCGAAGAAGCAGCAGUUGAUGCUAUCGAACAAGCACCAAGACAUCUCGAACAAACGACGUUACUUCACGACGAAGAAGAGAGCUUUGCUUUGGCACCAGUUGACGCAUCAGCUCUAAAAGGUUUCACCAAAGCUAAACGCAAGCGUAAACUUAUCGUCGACGAAGUCAAAAAUAUAUCCGGAGAAGAAAUGAAAGCACAAUUGUCAGAUACCAGCGAUAUCGUGACAACAUUAGAUCUCGCGCCACCUACGAAAAGACUUAUGCAUUGGAAGGAAACUGGAGGCGUUGAAAAAUUAUUUGCUCUUCCUGCAAGACCGAUCCCAGCCCGAGUACUGUUCAAAAAUUACCAGCGACACUUGACGAGCAAGUCGUACGACCACGAGGACUUUGGAAGAAUGGCUGGCGAUGACGACAGCCUUUCGCUGGAGCAGAUGCGAGACGGUGAUGUUGACCCAGCUUCUUUUGACCAGAGUUCCAUUGGAAAGCGGCUGAGCCGCAAACGUAAAGCUCCAGCGGACGAGGAACCUCUUGUGCAGCCGAUGAGAACGCCGGGACCACCUCCUCCAGUGCCGAUGGAGGAAACGCCGAUGGAGACUGUCGAGCCGACACGAUUGUCCGCUCCACCACCGGUCAUUCCACCUCCCGCUCAAUCUCCAGCGCAGUCCGAGGUGUCUUUACCUGCAGAGCCUUCUAUUCCUCUCAUAGAACCCUCUAUGGAGGCUACGGAGAUGCCCCAGAUUCCUCCCGCGGAUGUUAGUUCGCUGCUAGGAGAAGAACCGCUUCAGCCCGCUGACUCCAUGAUGGAGAACAUGGGCUAUGACCAAGCGCAACCUCAGGUGUCUUACAUGGGCUUCGAUGAAAAUCAACCGCCUGUAAAUACACCUGGUGCUGCUCAUAUGUACCAAGUUAUUAAAAAUAAAUUAGAUGGUAAAGAUAGAUUAACCUUAGGAGAGAUGUCAUAUAAAAAUUCACGUAAACAGGCUGCACAGAAAUUUUAUACUUUGUUAGUUUUGAAAAAAUUCCAAGUAUUAGAACUGAAUCAAGAGUACUCUUACGCAGAAAUCUUGGUUACCAAAGGCCCAAAAUGGGAAAACCCAUCGUUAUAA